AGUGAGGAGUUGCUGAAACAGACGGCAGCCGAGAGGCAGAAGAUCAUCUGGGAGUGGCAGGAGCUGCGAGGGUUUCUGGAGGAGCAGGAGCAGUGGCUGCUGUCCCGGCUGGAAGAGCUAGAGAGAGCCAUUGUCCAGAGAAGGGAUGAGGGCGUCUGCAGCCUGUCCUGGGAGAUUUCCCUGCUCAGCGAGAGGGGAGGAAAGAAGGGGCAGCAGCCGCUGAGCCAACCCCUGCAGGGUGCUGGGAGCACUGGCGGCAAGGAGGACGGGACGUUUCGGAAGCCAGAGCCGUCGUUUGUGGAGCUGGAGAAGAGACUCUGCGAUUUCUCUCUGAAAAGUACCAUGCUGCAGGAGGUGCUGCUGGGAUUCAAAGAGAUGCUGCGACGGGGGCUGGGGAGCGACACAGCCAUCCCGAUGAUGAUUAAUUUCUGGGAAACAUCCUCAGCAGAAUUAUUUGAAGGUGUUGUACCAGACAAUAAAGGCACAGAGGCAGUGGCUUGUGGGAAAGAGGGCGGCAGAGUAACGCCCAUCUUUGGCUCCAGAUUGUCCCAGCCUCCCACGGGACAGGGAAGGGAACUGGCUGUAGUGGAGCCAGUCCAGGGGCCGGUGACCUUCGAGGAGGUGGCUGUGUAUUUCACCAGGGAAGAGUGGGCUCUGCUGGACCCCCGUCAAAGAGCCCUCUGCAGAGACGUCAUGCAGGAGAACUAUGAGAAUGUGACCUCGCUGGCAGGUGAUGCAAUGGAGUGUGAGAAAGAGGAGCAAAAUUCUCAGCAGGGAAAUGUUGAGCAAGUGGAUAAAGACAGAGAAUUAUGGCAAAGAUUGAAAAGGAAUGUGUCCAGGAGUCAUGAGCAGAGAAACUCCUGUGAGAUUCAGCACAGACCAGAAAAAGAGCAGGGAAACCAGCCAGGGGAGAAAGUGUUUAAAUGUAUUUCCUGUUGGGGAACUCAGAUGGACCUCAAGGAAACCACAAAACAGCAGGAAAUCUUCAGGGGAAAGAGAAAAAAUACAUGCACUGAGUGUGGGAAAAACUUAUGUGACUACUCAACCCAUAUAAAGCGUCAGAGAAUCCACACAGGGGAGAGGCCCUAUGAGUGCAAUGAAUGUGGAAAACGCUUCACUAAGAGCUCAGGCCUUUCUGAACAUAAGAGAAUCCACACAGGAGAGAGACCCUAUGAAUGCCGUGAAUGUGGAAAACGCUUCACUAAGAGCUCAGCCCUUUCUGAACAUCAGAGAAUCCACACAGGGGAGAGGCCCUUUGAAUGCCGUGAAUGUGGAAAAUGCUUCACUAACACCUCAGGCAUUUCUAAACAUCAGAGAAUCCACACGGGGGAGAGACCCUAUGAAUGCCGUGAAUGUGGGAAAAACUUCACUAAGAGCUCAGCCCUUUCUGAACAUCAGAGAAUCCAUACGGGAGAGAGGCCCUAUGAAUGCAGUGUUGGGAUGGUGAGUGAGAACGAGGAGGAGCAUCCCCAGCAGGAAGUUGCUGAGCAAAUAGAACCACAUGGGACAUUAUCAAGAAAAUCCAAAGGAAAUGUUAAUGGGAGUCGUGCACUGCCAGAAAAAGCAAAAGCCUGUGAGACUCAGCAGAGGCCAGAGGAAAACUUAAGUAGCCUGUCAGACCUUAUUACAUGCGAGAGAAAAAACUUGGAAGAGACACACUACACAUGCCAUGAGUGUGGGAAAAGCUUCAAUGGGAGUUCAGACCUUUUCACGCAUCAGGGAAUCCACAGAGGAGAGAGACCCUACAUGUGCUCUGAGUGUGGGAAAAGCUUUAGUCGGAGCUCACACCUUAUCUCACAUCAGAUAAUCCACACAGGUGAGAAACCUUAUGGAUGCUCUGAAUGCGGGAAACGCUUCAAUCGGAGCUCCUAUCUUAUCGCACAUAGGAGAAUCCACACAGGUGAGAAACCUUAUGGAUGCCAUGAGUGUGGGAAACACUUUAAUUGGCGCUCACACCUUAUCACACAUAGGAGAAUCCACACAGGUGAGAAACCUUAUGGUUGCGCUGAGUGUGGGAAACGCUUCAGUUGGCGCUCACAUCUUAUCAGACAUCAGAGAAUCCACACAGGAGAGACACCCUGCACAUGCUCUGAGUGCGGGAAAAGCUUUAAUUGGCACUCACAGCUUAACACACAUCGUAGAAUCCACACAGGUGAGACGCCCUACACGUGUUCUGAGUGUGGAAAACACUUCAGUCAGAGUUCAAGCCUUAUCACACAUUUGAGACUCCACACGGGAGAGACGCCCUACACAUGCGCCGAGUGCGGGAAAAGCUUCAAUCAGCGCUCGCACCUUAUCACACAUCAGAGAAUCCACACAGGAGAGACGCCCUACACAUGCUCUGAGUGUGGGAAAAGCUUCAAACAGAGCUCUAGCCUGAGCAGACAUCAAAGAAUCCACACAGGAGAGAGACCGUACACAUGCUCUGAGUGCGGGAAAACCUUCAAAGAGCGUUCAGACCUUCUCAGACAUCGCAGAAUCCACACAGGAGAGAGACCCUACACAUGCUCUCCAUUUGGGAAAAGCUUAAGAACAUAAGAACGGCCAUACGGGGUCAGACCAAAGGUCCAUCUAGCCCAGUAUCUGUCUACUGACAGUGGCCAAUGCCAGGUGCCCCAGAGGGAGUGAACCUAACAGGCAAUGAUCAAGUGAUCUCUCUCCUGCCAUCCAUCUCCAUCCUCUGAUGAACAGAGGCUAGGGACACCAUUCUUUACCCUUCCUGGCUAAUAGCCAUUUAUGGACUUAGCCACCGUGAAUUUAUCCAGCUCCCUUUUAAACAUUGUUAUAGUCCCAGCCUUCACAGCCUCCUCAGGUAAGGAGUUCCACAAGCUGACUGUGCGCUGUGUGAAGAAGAACUUCCUUUUAUUUGUUUUAAACCUGCUACCUAUUAAUUUCAUUUGGUGACCCCUAGUUCUUGUAUUAUGGGAAUAAGUAAAUAACUUUUCUUUAUCCACUUUCUCAACAUCACUCAUGAUUUUAUAUACCUCUAUCAUAUCCCCCCUUAGUCUCCUCUUUUCCAAGCUGAAGAGACCUAGCCUCUUUAAUCUUUCCUCAUAUGGGACCCUUUCCAAACCCCUAAUCAUUUUAGUUGCCCUUUUCUGAACCUUUUCUAGUGCUAGAAUAUCUUUUUUGAGGUGAGGAGACCACAUCUGUACACAGUAUUCGAGAUGUGGGCGUACCAUGAAUUUAUAUAAGGGCAAUAAUAUAUUCUCAGUCUUAUUUUGUAUCCCCUUUUUAAUGAUUCCUAACAUCUUGUUUGCUUUUUUGACCGCCUCUGUACACUGCGUGGACAUCUUCAGAGAACUAGCCACGAUGAUGCCAAGACCUUUUUCCUGACCCAUUGUAGCUAAAUUAGCCCCCAUCAUAUUAUAUGUGUAGUUGGGUUUAUUUUUUCCAACGUGCAUCGCUUUACAUUUAUCCACAUUAAAUUUCAUUUGCCAUUUUGUUGCCCAA